AUGAACCAAUUAGCUGUUUUGCUAUGUAUCGUUGUGGCACAAUGUGUAGCUAAGAAAAAUGUGACAACAGAUGUGCCAUUGUUCUGUGAGGAAUAUGCCAAUUGUCUGGCAAAAGCCAAUCAGAAAUCGGCCGAAUGUCUAGAGGAGAACACCACUGCGAUCAUUCAAAACGGCAGGAAACGAUGUGCAGGUGCUGCCGACCUCCAUGCUCAACUACAAGCGCUUUACGAUGAGAGAAACGCGGAAGUGGAGACGUGUGUCCGUGAGCAAGCCGAAAGUGAAUCCGUAUUCUCUCAACGGAAAAUUGACAAGUGCAAAUUGGCUCUCAAAAAGUCGAAACGCUCAGUUGAUCCACUGGAGCGCAGAAUGAAGCGUAAGGAUAGAACGAAGGAACGAAAGGAGAAGCCGAAAAGUUGCACGAAAGAAGCGAAAAAAAUGCGCAUGCAAUGUGCAAAAAUUGCGAAGUGUUGUAGUGCGGUGAAAAGCUGCCAAGAUAGUGCUGUACAGAAGAAAGAAAUACUUGAAAAAAAGAAGCAGUUGAAAGGGCUUUAUCAUGCCUGCCAUGCCGAUAUACUAAAGAAAAAGCUCAAUCGAAAACAAAAUGGCGACAAAAAAGAAGCAGAAGCAAAGGUCAAUGACGUUGAAGACAAGAAAACCACCAAAGUGGUGAAGAAGAGAAGUCGACUAAAUGAGAAAGUUGAAGAGUCGCAAGAGCGGAAACGCAGAGCUCCAAUUCAGACAAAGGUUUUACAAGAGGUCAGUGAGCAACAUAAAUAA